ACCGAAACUCACCAACACAUAUCAUCGCCAGAAAAGUCAAAGUAAAUAUGCCAACCAUACUGUCACUUUCAACAGACAUGCACAAAAUGAACAAUAAGGAUCAAUCUGUAAACCCCAGGAGACUAGACAGGUGGCUGUUCCGUUUCCCAUUGGCAGAAAGAUUGAACCCUACUGAAACCCUGCUAUGGUCCCAAUCAUUGGAAAACCUUCUGAAAUCAAAAUAUGGCAUGGCAAGUUUCCACUCCUUCCUCAAGUCCGAAUUCAGCGAUGAGAACAUUGAAUUUUGGCGGGUUUGUGAAGACUUCAAAAAAAUCAGGAGUGCUUCCAGGCUGACCUCAAGGGCCAAGAAGAUAUUUGAGCAUUACGUCAAGGCAGAAGCUCCCAAAGAGAUAAACAUCGACCACAGAACGAGAGAGCUCAUCAAACAGAAUGUUCAAGCUCCCACUAAAGUGUGUUUCGAUGAAGCGCAGGAGAUUGUCUUUGGACUUAUGGAGAAGGAUUCAUAUCCCAGGUUUCUUCGCUCAGACAUCUACAAAUCCCUUCUAGAAUCUGUCAGAUAGGAUCAAGGUCUGAGACACAACAUUUACAACAACCAAACUAGGUGACUGUAAGACUUUGCACACUUCUGUGGGACUGUCCGUGCAAUAGAAGAGCUGGCCGAGGAUUGCAGAUGCAGGCCUGGAUAUUUGGACAUUUGGGACUGGACUCUGAAAAGGAUUACGUAGAACGUUGUUUAUCUACAUAAAAGCUUGUAUGAGCUAUUGUCUAUAUUUUUGAUGUACUGCAGUGCUCUCUUGUUCAGUGUGGCUGUGGAAUACACAAAGACAAAUGAGCUUUCUGAACAGCUCACCACAGGAGCACUGAAUCAUCUGACACCUUUGUAUAGGUAUACCCUGGAGAUCUUAUUCAACAAUUUAUUUUAUUCUUUUGAUGUUAUGUAUUCAAUGAAUGUUUUUAAGAAUGAUGCUAAUGCCAUUUUGAACUAAUUUUUGAUGAGCAAUGAUCUCAAGACUUUUAGAACAAAUGUAAAUAUCACUAUAUGUUUGCACAUUGGGGAAUUGACUGGAAAUCUUUACAAUGACAUAAUUUCCCUUCAACAAAACAAGAUUUCUCAGUUUAAUAUUCUUACAGUAUAAGUUACCAGAAAACAAAAACCUGAAUAUAUACCUCCACUGUAUAUAUACCUCUAAUUCCCUCACAUUCCACCAAAUGUGAUGGAUUUCUUGAAAAUGUGAAAUGCUAUAUCUUAUUUUUUAAACUUAAGACACUGGUCAAUCUUCCCAUACAGAAAUCUGAUGAAUGACCAUAUAAGAACAUAUAUAUGGUUUACUGAUGUGCACAGAACGGGGGCUGCCCUUUUCUUUCACAAAUCUAAUGGUGCCCUUCACAAAUCUAAAGGUGCCCUUUUGGUUGAUGGGAGAUUUAAGCGGAGGUGCCUUUAAGAGCAUGUACUAUAGCACAAUCCCCCGCUGACAGGCUGAAGCGGGCAGCACAGGUCGGUUUCUAUUUCCAGUCCUGAACCGAAUUAUCUUCCAACUCUCUCCAUUUCUUUCAGCCCCUCUCCCUGCUAAGGUCUGUGCACGUCACUGAUAUAGUUAAUAUUUAAGCAUAAAUGUACAUUUUCAA